UAGUUGUUGGUGAUUUCAACAACGACACUCGACUAGAUAUCGUUGUCGCCAAUGCAUAUAGCAAUGAUGUGAGUGUCCUUCUUGGAAAUGGAAAUGGUUCUUUUGAAAAUCAAACAAGGUAUUCAGCUGGCACUUCUCCACGAUCUCUAGUUGUUGGUGAUUUCAACAACGACACUCGACUAGAUAUCGUUGUCGCCAAUGGGGGUAGCAAUGAUGUGAGUGUCUUUCUUGGAAAUGGAAAUGGUUCUUUUGAAAAACAAACAAGGUAUUCAGUUGGCUCUUAUCCAAUACCUGUAGUUGUUGGUGAUUUCAACAACGACACUCGACUAGAUAUCGUUGUCGCCAAUUGGGAUAGCAAUGAUGUGAGUAUCCUUCUUGGAAAUGGAAAUGGUUCUUUUGAAAAUGAAACAAGGUAUUCAGUUGGUUCUGAUCCAAUAUCUGUAGUUGUUGGUGAUUUCAACAACGACACUCGACUAGAUAUCGUUGUCGCCAAUUGGCGUAGCAAUGAUGUGAGUGUCCUUCUUGGAAAUGGAAAUGGUUCUUUUGAAAAUGAAACAAGGUAUUCAGCUGGCUCUUAUCUACAAUCUGUAGUUGUUGGUGAUUUCAACAACGACACUCGACUAGAUAUCGUUGUCGCCAAUGCAGGUAGCAAUGAUGUGAGUGCCCUGCUGCAAUAUAAUAGAGGAGCGAUGGCAUAUAAAAUGUCGUAUGCAUCUGGCGGUGGAUCUAGCCUACAAUGCGUAGUGAUUGGGGAUUUGAACAACGAUACUAAUCUGGAUAUUGUCUUAGCUAAUUAUGGCACUAAUAAUAUCGGCGUCCUUGUGGGAUAUGGGAAUGGGAGUUUUGAAAACCAAAUGAUGCUCAGUGCUGGUGCGAAUUCUCAUCCGAUUUCCAUCGCGGUUGGGGACUUCAAUGGUGACCGCUUAGUGGAUAUUGCUUUAGCCAAUAAUGGUACCAAGCAUGCAGAUCUGAUGCUUGGAAAUGGGAACGGAAAAUUUACAAUUCAAACAAGUUAUGAAAUUGGUUUUGACUCACCUCCGUUCGUGAUGGCUUCUGGUGAUUUUAAUAAUGACAAACGAUCGGAGAUCAUGAUCGCUAACGGUGGAAGUAAUCAUGUUGACAUCUUUGUUGCGUACAAUCAUGGUUCUUUUGAAAAACAAAUAAGGUAUUCAGCUGGCUCUGAUUCAGAAUCUGUAGUUGUUGGUGAUUUCAACAGCGACACUCGACUAGAUAUCGUUGUCGCCAAUUAUGGUAGCAAUGAUGUGAGUAUCCUUCUUGGAAAUGGAAAUGGUUCUUUUGAAAAUGAAACAAGGUAUUCAGUUGGCUCUUAUCCACGAUCUGUAGUUGUUGGUGAUUUCAACAACGACACUCGACUAGAUAUCGUUGUCGCCAAUUGGAAUAGCAAUGAUGUAAGUGUCCUUCUUGGAAAUGGAAAUGGUUCUUUUGAAAAUGAAACAAGGUAUUCAGUUGGCUCUUAUCCAAUAUCUGUAGUUGUUGGUGAUUUCAACAACGACACUCGACUAGAUAUCGUUGUCGCCAAUUCAGGUAGCAGUGAUGUAAGUGUCUUUCUUGGAAAUGGAAAUGGUUCUUUUGAAAAUGAAACAAGGUAUUCAGCUGGCUCUGGUCCAUCAUCUGUAGUUGUUGGUGAUUUCAACAACGACACUCGACUAGAUAUCGUUGU